ACAUUUAGAAUCCCUUUGCCCAACCCUUUUUCAGCUAACCAUGUCAUCAUCAUCAUCACCACAAAAGACUUGUCAACAGCUUCAGUCAGCACUGAGAGGACACGGACACAUAUGUGUUAAAGAGAAAAGGUGCUGUAGUCAUGAUACCUGUUGGCUUCUUCCUGCUGCUCUUCAUCUCAGGUGAAGUUUCUUCUGAGGAAAUCUGCAGUUAUCAGGAUGUUUUGAACCAUCUAAAUCUGACCAGAAGCAAUGAGCUCUACUCCAUGAGUCGUCCAGUUAAAAACUACAAAAAUCCCACUCAGGUUUCCCUGGAAGUUCUCCUUUAUGCCAUCCUAGAUGUGGUUGAGAAGGACCAGAAGUUCAUUCCUUAUGUUUGGACUGUUGUAAGGUGGAAUAAUGAGUAUAUUUCCUGGGAUCCAAAUAACUUUUGUGGCAUUGAUAAUAUUUCCAUUCCUACUGAAGUUUUGUGGCAACCAGACCUCACUAUUGAGGAAAUGACAGAGAAGGACAAAGCUCCCCCGAGUCCUUAUCUCACCCUCAACAACAAAGGAGACGUAGAAGUCCAGAACGAUCAGGUGUUAGUCAGCACCUGUAGGAUGCACACUUACAGAUUUCCCUUUGACAUUCAGAGCUGCAGCCUCACCUUCAAAUCUGUCAUACACACUGUCAAGGACAUCAGGCUGCAGCCCAGUGAUAACUCUUCAGAGGCCACGGAGUGGUCUCGUGAGCUGAUGCGGACGCAGUAUGAGUGGUUAUUCAUACACAUGACGGUCACUGCCAGCAACGCCAGUGAUUUAACAGAACAAGAUGUUGUUAUUUACACGAUCACCAUGAAAAGGAGAUCUGUGCUGUACAUCGUUAACUUCCUGCUGCCUGUCCUCUUCUUCUUGAGUCUGGAUUUGGCCUCCUUCAUGAUCUCUGAUAGCUCCGGAGAAAAACUCAGCUUCAAAGUCACCGUUCUGCUCGCCAUUACUGUGUUACAGCUCAUUCUCAACGAAAUUCUACCAUCUUCCUCUAAUAGGGUGCCACUCAUCGCGGUCUACUGCAUAGGUAUUUUUGCUAUGAUGAUGCUCAGCCUCCUGGAGACCAUUCUGGUGAUGUAUCUGUUAGAGAAAAACUCCCAAGAAUGUGAGACGGACACAAACCAUUGUGUGGUUCAAGAAUCAAAUAAAACAAGGAAAAGGAGGUUUCACUGCUGCCAGAAAGAAGUUCAUGAAUGGGCUCAGGGUGGCUUAAUCUACAACAUGUCAGCUGGGGAAACUCCAUCUGAGAUGCUGCAUGCUCCUAAAGAGGACAACAUCAAACAUAUGGAUGAGUAUUGCACCUUGGAGCAGAUUUCAGAAGACCUGAGGCUGAUGGAGAAAACCAUGGCACGUCUCAUCAAGGACAAAACAGAAGAUAAUGUUGGGUAUUGGUCCAGAGUGGCCAAAAGAGUCGACAGAGUUUUCUUUUUUCUCUACAUCACAAUGGUUGGUCUGUUCUUGCUAGGAAUGUUCUUUGAGUGGAACACAGCUGAAACAGAUUCAUAUCUGGAUAGUUCAUUUUAACGAAACUGUAUUUAUAUUACACCAAAGAUCACAGGAGAACUCAUCUCAACCAGCUUUGCAGGAAAAAGUUAAAGCCAUAUUCACUUGAAGGAAUUUAAAUGUUUUCUUUCCAAAUGACGUCACUAUGGUAUAUGUCACAUUUAAAAAUGUCCAUCACUAAUCUUGUCCCUAGAAAUAUAAAUAUGUUUGCUGCUGCUGUGUUUACUUAACAAGUGAAAGGUACCAAAAUCUUGUAAUUUGAAAAAAAAAAAAACAUUUUAAAUAAAUUCAGCAUGGAUAUUAAAGUUAAACUAAUAUGCAUGGCAGUGUGUAUAACACUAAAUAAUGAAUGUGAAUAAAAGGUCUGACAUUGUUGCA